UUCUUUAUAGGCUUUGCUUUUAAAAUCGAGGUUACAUCGUCUUCACAGCUUUCCCAAGGCACAGGUCAGACCUUCAAAAUGGCGGACAUCCUUUGCUUAACGAAGCGGCAGGUCUCCAACAUGUCCAGAGCUGAACUGAUCAGCUUGCUUUUUAGUUGGAUAAGUAAGAAGAAAGAGAGAUAUAUUAUGAAGGGAAUGAAGAGUGAAGUUCGCGAUCGUAUAGAGCAUGAACAGAUCUAUCGCCAGAAUCAGGAAAACGAAGAGCUUAGCUCAGAGCUAAUUAAGGUGAAGAAACAGUUGGAAGACGUGCAAACUCGGAACAUCGCGCAGUUAAAACAGAAGACGGAGCAACAAAACCAAAUAAAGGAGGAGCUGUCUUUGCAGGUAAAACAAUACAAAAAUCAAGUGUCUGAACUUCAAAACAGAUUGAGAGAAGUUGAAAAGUCAUCAAAACAGCGGCUCGACAAGGUGUUGGCGGAAAAAAAGCGGGCGCUGUCUCAAGUCCUGAUAUACAAAGAAAAGGCUGAAAUAGCUCAAGCUCGAAAGAAGAAACUUAAGCUUGAAUUUGUCCAAAAGAACAAUGAGCUCUACGCGAAGAACGAGGAACUUUUAAAAGAAAAAGAAAAGGUCAACUCCCUUGACGCAAAGAUAUACAAGCAGCAGAAGCAGAUUAAAGAGAUGGAAGAGCAGAUUAUGAACCUUGAGAAGAAAAUCAGACGAUCAAACAAAGAAGCCGACUUAGAUAAAACUAAGAAAGAGUUUGCAGCAAGGGUUGAAUUAACCUCAGGGGUAUUGGUUGACGCAAGAGAGGAAAAAGAUAUUUUAGUUAGACGUCUGUUGAAAAAAGAUAAGCAGGUAAAUGAACUUUUGCAGCGACAGGCACAAGCCAAAGAACCUGUAGUAGUUGUGAAAAAAUCUUUUGAAGAGGCCAAUUAUAAAUGGACUAUUAAAGAGCUGAGAGAAAGCAACAAAGCCCUACACGCACAGGUGAAAGUGUGCAGCGAAGUCAGGCAAAGGGAUCAAGACCGCAUUGAAGAACUCACCGACGCAGUGACGCGUCUAAAAAAACUGUACUUCAGCGAGAAAAUUAAAUAUGAGGAUUUGAAGGAAAGUUUAGAGAGCCACGGUAUCAGGUUAGACGCAGGUGGCGUGGUGGCACAUAGACAAGGCAGCGCCUCUGAGACACAAAUCCCCAAAGAAAAACACACGUUCCUGCCCCCCAUCGUGGAUAUUCCCGUGCCGAAAGGUGAAUCGAGCCCGUUUCCUGUCGAGGAAAACGCCGUUCAGGGCAAACCAAAGUCACGAUCGGCUGGGACUGCGGAAAACCUUACAAAGCAAAGGUGGCCGGCACCCCCUGCUUCCAGAAAGCCUCAAACGGCUUCUGCUUCAGAGAAAAACAUAUUUUUUCUCACCGAAACGGACGAUCAAGCGGCCGAAAAACAACCCAGGAGGAACCACACUGCAACCCCCAACCUAAGGAUCAAACGUAUCCCUUAAUGAGUGCACAGCCAGUAUACACUUGUUAGAACUCCUGACAUGGCCUGUUUUGUUUGUGCGCGUCUGUCUUUCAGCUUUUUCCUAUUCACACCUCUGCAGGUAAUGCGGCUUGCCCCACCAUCUGGAAAUGUGCGGUUUAGCCUCAUUGCUCACUCUUAAUGGCCUUUAGGUGUAAGUGUGUGUGUGUUGUUUGUUUGUGUGUGCCUGGCUGUUGGACUUCUGAAUAUUUACAUUUCAAAAAGCAUCAAUCUUUUGGCAGCAGUAACUACCCUUGCACUAAAAAUUUCAUAGCUUGAACCCCAUUGCCAUUUUGCAAGGAGUUCGGCUGUCCUGCCCCAAGGAUGUGUGGGUUCUCUCCGGGUACUCCGGCUUGCCCCACCAUCAGCCAACAUUUAGGCUAAUUGGUCAGUAGGUGUGAGUGUGUGCAUGCCAGGUUGUUUGUCCUGUGAGUCUUUACUUUCUUUUUUGCUUCUAGUUCUCUUAAUUCUUAGCCAGUUACAGAAUAUGGCCACUCACACUGAGCGGGAGGUUUCUUCUUGUUUCUGUCCCAUGUGCUGUAUUAUCAGUAAUACUUGCUUGAGUGCCGUGUCAGUAUUAACUGUGCAAUAUUUUAUUUGUUGCCUUUCUGAUAAAUCCAUUCACUUUUGCUUUAUAUCUUAACUUUAACUUAUCUUGAUAUUCAUAACUUAUCUAGAGUUUCUUCUCUAUAAUGACUUCCGUUGAUAAUCAAAUGAUUUGUCCCGUCUAACAUAAACCUGGCUGCAGCAGGAGGAUCAUGGUGGUAUGAACCACUUAAUUGCUGAAAGUGAUAAUGCAGCCCCAAAGGAGCCACAGUGUGCUGUGUUCUAUUUUGGGCCGGUCCCAAGCCCGGAUAAAUGCAGAGGGUUGUGUCAGGGAUAAAACUCAGGAAGGGAAUCCGGCAUAAAACUUCAGUAAAAUAUACCAUGUGAGUCAAUAACACGAUAAUCACAACACUGCCACUGGUGAUCAACAGGAUACCAGUGGAAACUGGGCAACUGUUUGUCAGCAAUGAAGAAGAGGAAGAAGGGGUGAUGGCGUGUAGACAAAGUGAGAAGAAGAAAGGCAAGCGUCUGGGACUGAGAGUAGGGACUUUGAAUGUUGGUAAUAUGACAGGAAAAGCUAGAGGGUUAGCAUGAUGCAGAGGAGGAAGGUGAAAAUAACAAAUGUUCAGGCGAUAAAGUGGA